AUGGAUUCGCUGGCUCUCGCCUGCUGCACCGCGUCCCUAAUCAUUCUAUUCCUGCCUUUUAAUGCUUCCGUCGACCGGCUUGUCCCUGGCAAGCCGCUGUCUCCUGGCAACACCAUCGUCUCCGACGGCGGCGUAUUCGCCUUGGGCUUCUUCAACCCCUCCAACUCCACACCAACCAAGUUGUACCUUGGCAUAUGGUACAAUGAUAUCCCCGAGCUCACAGUUGUGUGGGUUGCCAACCGUGAAACCCCAAUCACCAACAACACCUCCUCUGCGCCGAUGCUAUCCCUCACCAACACCUCCAAUCUCGUUCUCUCCUACGGUAAUAGCAGCGGCCGUGUCCUUUGGACAACAACCAACGUGACCACUGCCCUGGGCACGUCUACCCAGACGGCGGUGCUUCUGAACACUGGAAACCUCGUCAUCCGGUCGUCAAAUGGCACCAUGUUGUGGCAAAGCUUCGACCACCGCACCGACACACUCCUUCCUGGGAUGAAGCUCCGGAUCAAAUAUAGGACGCGCCACACUGCCGAGCGUCUAGUAUCCUGGAAGGGCCCUAGCGAUCCCUCGCCAGGGCGCUUCUCCUACGGCAGCGACCCAGACACACCUCUCCAAACAUUCAUGUGGGAUGGACAGAGCUUGGUGUUCCGCGACACCCCAUGGACAGGGUACCAAGUGAAGAGCGCAAUCCAACGACAUGAAGCAGGGACUAACAUCAGUGAUCUUAUCAUGUACCUAGCCUUUGUGGAAAAUGGCGAUGAGAUUUAUGCCACAUAUAGCCUCUCGGACGGCGCUCCACUCACAAGGUCAGUGAUUACCUACUCUGGCGAGUACCAGCUCCAGAGCUGGAGCAGCAGGUCAUCAAUGUGGGAUGUCCUUUGGAAGUGGCCAUCUGCUGAAUGUAACCGCUAUGGUUACUGCGGUCCAUAUGGCUAUUGCGAUGAGACAUCGGCGCCAAUCCCAUCCUGUAAGUGCCUAGAUGGCUUCGAGCCAAGAAACAUGGAGGAGUGGACUAGUGGCAGGUUCUUGGCGGGGUGUCAGAGGAAGGAGCAGCUGCAUAGUUGCGGUGAUAGCUUCUUGGCCUUGCCAGGGAUGAAGUCGCCUGACAAAAUUGAGCUCGUUGAACGGGGCAGAAGUACGUUUGAGGAGUGCGCCGCGGAGUGCAACCGCAACUGCUCUUGUAAGGGUUACGUGUAUCGUAAUGUGAGCAGUGAUGGAGAUGUGAUGAUGUGCUUGGUGUGGUCUGGGGAAUUGAUUGACACCGGGAAGGUAGGGGUAGAGCUUGGCGGCGAGACACUCUAUCUCCGACUUGCAGGCUUGGAUGCAGGAGGAGGUAAAAGGAGAAAGAUUAAUGCAGGCAAGAUUGUGCUACCAAUUUUAGGCGGUGGUGCUCUAGUACUUAUAUGCAUCUCUCUUGCAUGGUUAAAAUGCAAAGGCAAGAGCAGAAAAUGGAGAAAGCACAAGAAUAUAAGAUUAGAUGGUAUGCAUACCUCCGCUGAGCUUGGAGAAGAAAACCCUCCUCGUGAUCAGGAAUUUACAUUUAUAAGAUUAGAAGAAAUUUCCCUCGCAACCCACAAUUUCUCUGAAGCAUACAUGAUUGGACAAGGAGGCUUUGGAAAAGUUUACAAGGGACUGUUAGGUGGAAAAGAAGUUGCAAUCAAAAGGCUAAGUAGAGAUUCUCAACAGGGAACAAAAGAAUUCAGGAAUGAAGUAAUUCUAAUUGCAAAAUUGCAACAUAGAAACUUGGUUCGACUUCUUGGAUGUUGUGGUGACGGAGAUGAAAAGCUCUUGAUAUAUGAGUAUCUCCCUAACAAGAGCUUAGAUGCUAUCCUUUUUGACGACUCAAGAAAGCUCUCGUUGAAUUGGGUGACACGAUUUAGUAUAAUCAAAGGGGUUGCAAGGGGGCUUCUAUAUCUUCACGAAGACUCAAGGUUCACCAUAAUACAUAGGGACCUCAAACCUGGAAAUAUUUUGCUGGAUGCAGAUAUGAAACCCAAGAUAGCAGAUUUUGGUAUGGCGAGGAUCUUUGGUGAUCACCAGCAAAAUGCAAAUACGCAACGCGUAGUUGGAACAUAUGGUUACAUGGCUCCUGAGUAUGCAAUGGAAGGCAUCUUCUCUACCAAGUCUGACGUCUAUAGCUUUGGAGUGUUGCUACUAGAGGUUGUAACUGGUAUAAGGAUGAAUUCUAAUAGUGAAACCAUGGGUUUCCCUAGCCUCACAGUCUAUGCAUGGAAUAUGUGGAAGGAAGAGAAGACUGAGGAACUACCAGACUCAUCUAUCAUAGAGAUUUCGACAGAAGAAGUUCUGCUUUGUGUCAAGAUAGGACUCUUGUGUAUCCAGGAGAACCCAGAUGAUAGACCGCUCAUGUCAUCUGUUGUGUUCGUCCUAGAGAAUGGAAGCACCACACUUGCAGCGCCUAGCCGCCCAGCCUACUUUGCACGACGAGGUGCUGAAAUCGAUCAAAUCAGAAAUAAUAUCGAGACUUCCGUCAACAGUUUUAGUCUUUCUCAGAUAGAGGGGCGAUGA